AUGGCGCCUAGAAAUACCCCCGCGCUGAACGCGCCAUUCUUUACACCAAAACAAUCCCCCCCAGCUGGAUCUGCUCUCUCUACCAACCCCCCAACGCUCUUUACUCCUUUGAAGAUCCGUGAUGUCGAGUUUCAAAACCGUAUAUGGGUCGCCCCAAUGUGCACAUACUCGGCCUCCAAAGGCCACCUCACCGACUUCCACCUAGUCCACCUCUCCGCCUUCGCCUACCGCGGCGCCUCCCUCACCAUCAUCGAAGCGACCUCCGUGCUGCCCAACGGCCGCAUAUCGCCCGAAGACAGCGGUCUCUGGAGCGACUCGCAGAUCGCUCCUAUCCGGCGCAUCGCCGACUUCCUGCAUUCCCAGAACCAGAAGCUAGGCAUACAGCUUGCGCACGCUGGGCGGAAAGCCAGUAUGGUUGCGCCGUGGUUGGUGGAGCGGGGGACAGCGCAGACUGCGACGGCGGAUGUGGGGGGCUGGCUAGGGGAUGUUAUGGGCGCGAGUGCGAUUUCCUGGGGUGAGGGGUAUCCGAUGCCGAGGGAGAUGAGCGCACGGGAUGUGAGGGAUGUUGUGGAGGGGUUUCGGGAUAGUGCGAGGAGGGCUGUGGAGGCCGGUGUGGAUGUUAUUGAGAUCCAUGCUGCGCAUGGCUAUCUGCUGUGCUCGUUUCUGAGCCCGAUCAGUAACCGCAGGACGGAUACAUAUGGAGGGAGUUUUGAGAAUAGGAUACGGAUCUUGGUGGAGGUCAUUGAGGCUAUCAGGGCUGUAAUCCCGAGUGGGAUGCCGUUGCUUGUCAGGAUCAGUGCGACGGAGUGGAUGGAGCAGCAUGCGUCUGAGAGCUGGGACUUCGAGUCGACGAUCAAGUUAGCGAAGCUGCUUCCUGGACUGGGAGUUGAUCUUUUGGACGUAAGUUCCGGGGGCAACAACGAGGCCCAGGCUAUUCAGCUGCACAACGGCUUCCAGGUCGGUAUUGCGGGACGUAUCAGGUCUGCUCUGUUCGAAGCUGGUAUCAAAGACUUGCUAGUGGGAGCAGUGGGUCUGAUCACCGAGGCCGAGGCAGCCAAGGAGAUCGUGCAGAAUGGCAAGCCAGGAAGCAAAGAUCCUACUGUUGAGAUCGAAGACGAGCACGGAGCGACUGCCAAGGCAGACAUUGUACUGGUUGCAAGGCAGUUUUUGAGAGAGCCCGAGUGGGUACUUAGAGUUGCACAUAGACUCGGUGUUGAGGUGAAAUGGCCGCAACAAUAUCAUCGAGGGCAGUUCCUAAAGGAUAGUAAGAUUUAG